CCUCCUCCUUCUCCUCCUCCUCCUCCUCCUCCUCCCCGCUGCCCACCGGCCUGCGGCACCCCUCACCCCUCCGCGGCCUCCGGCCCCACCAGCGCUCAGACAAUGACUUCAUGCGGAUUAUGCAUCUGAAGAAAUCACCAGCUCCCAGAUAGCCACAGGGGGAGGUAUCCAUGUGUUUGGCAGGGAAGCAGCCUCCUGCUCGCCUUCCUUCUCCUCCUCUUAUCUCCUCGCACACGGCAGCUGCCUCCUCUCCAGCGAUGGUCGCCUGCGGUCCCCCCGCGCGGCGCUGAGCGAGGCCCCGGCGCAUCCCCGCUCCCACGCUUGCACCAAGGUACCAACGAGGCUAUUUUUAUUCCCCCCCUUCUUUUCCGGUUCACCCGCCGCUGCCGGGCUCGGUGCCUCAGCACCCUCGGUGCCUGCACAUCUCCCGCUCCCUCCCGGGUUCCCAGCCCCGGCUCCCUCGGCGCAGCGGCAGCACCACCAGCCCAGCUCCAGCCACGGCCGCCGGCCCUGAUUCCAGAGUGGCCACCCCGGGGUGCUGGCACUGACCAUGAUGGACCUGAAGGUGGACGAGGAGGAGGUGGACAGCGGGCAGCCGGUGAGCAUCCAGGCCUUCGCCAGCAGCUCCACCCUGCACGGGCUCUCGCACAUCUUCUCGUACGAGCGGCUGUCGCUGAAGCGCGUGGUCUGGGCGCUUUGCUUCCUGGGCUCGCUGGCGCUGCUCGCCCUCGUCUGCACCAACCGCAUCCAGUACUACUUCCUGUACCCCCACGUCACCAAGCUGGACGAAGUGGCGGCCACCAGGCUCACCUUCCCCGCCGUCACCUUCUGCAACCUCAACGAGUUUCGGUUCAGCAGAGUGACCAAGAAUGACCUGUACCACGCUGGCGAGCUCCUGGCCUUGCUCAAUAACAGAUACGAGAUCCCAGACAUCCAGACAGCCGAUGAGAAGCAGCUGGAAAUCCUGCAGGACAAGGCCAACUUCCGAAACUUCAAGCCCAAACCUUUCAACAUGCUGGAGUUUUAUGACCGAGCUGGCCAUGACAUCAGGGAGAUGCUGCUGUCCUGCUUCUUCCGUGGGGAGCAGUGCACCCCCGAAGACUUCAAAGUGGUCUUCACCCGCUAUGGGAAGUGCUACACCUUCAAUGCAGGGCAGGACGGGAAGCCCCGGCUCAUCACCAUGAAGGGGGGCACUGGCAACGGCCUGGAGAUCAUGCUGGACAUCCAGCAGGACGAGUACCUGCCCGUGUGGGGGGAAACAGAUGAGACCUCGUUUGAAGCCGGGAUCAAGGUGCAAAUCCACAGCCAGGACGAGCCCCCUCUGAUCGACCAGCUGGGCUUCGGGGUGGCUCCCGGCUUCCAGACCUUUGUGUCCUGCCAGGAGCAGCGGCUCAUCUACCUGCCACCUCCCUGGGGCGACUGCAAGGCCGUGGCAGGCGACUCGGAGUUCUACGACACCUACAGCAUCACGGCGUGCCGCAUCGACUGCGAGACCCGCUACCUGGUGGAGAACUGCAACUGCCGCAUGGUGCACAUGCCAGGCGAUGCCCCUUACUGCACCCCGGAGCAGUACAAGGAGUGCGCGGAUCCGGCCUUAGAUUUCCUGGUGGAGAAGGACAACGAGUACUGCAUCUGUGAGAUGCCCUGCAACAUGACCCGCUACGGGAAAGAGCUCUCCAUGGUCAAGAUCCCCAGCAAGGCCUCGGCCAAGUACCUGGCCAAGAAGUACAACAAGUCAGAGCAGUACAUCGGAGAGAACAUCCUGGUGCUGGAUAUCUUCUUUGAAGCCCUGAACUACGAGACGAUCGAGCAGAAGAAGGCGUACGAGGUGGCGGGUUUGCUGGGUGACAUUGGAGGGCAGAUGGGGCUGUUCAUUGGGGCCAGCAUCCUCACAGUGCUGGAGCUGUUUGACUACGCCUAUGAGGUGAUAAAGCACCGGCUGUGCCGGCGGGGCAAGUGCCGCAAGAACCACAAGAGGAACAACACAGACAAGGGCGUCGCGCUGAGCAUGGACGACGUGAAGCGCCACAAUCCCUGUGAAAGCAUACGGGGGCACCCAGCAGGCAUGACGUACGCAGCCAACAUCCUACCUCACCACCCGGCCCGGGGCACCUUUGAGGACUUCACCUGCUAACCGACGUCUGGAUGUACAACCUGAGCUACCAAAGCCCUGCGAGAGCUGCCCUUCUCCCCGCCAGCGCCAGCGGAGAGACACAUCUAGGGGGCCUUUGCUCCUCGGCACGGUGGGACACGGACAAGAGCGACGGCCUCAGAUUUCGGGGCGGGCAGUGGGGUCGGGCAAUGCCAGACCCUGGCGCAGCCCCCGCGGCAGCUGCUCUGCGCCUGCCCUGCUCCUUCAGAGACUCCAGGAUGCUCCAGCCCGGCCGUCCCGCGGAGCGGGAGCGACACGCACAGUGGGCCAGGGCACGGGCCUGCCCCGGCUCCCCCUUGGCUCCCCUCGGCCUUUUUAACUAAAACCCAGAAGCCAAGAAGAAGCAGCCAUUCGGCCGCAGUCUCCAUCCACAGCCCUGUCCGUCUGUCCUCCAUCGUCUCCAUGCUCAUCCUACUCCAAUGCCUUGGCCGCGCCUGCUGGGCCCCCUGUGCCUGGUGAGGGGCUCAUCGGGGAGCCCCUGGUGUGCCCGGCACAGGGCAGCAGGCUGGGAGUCCCCGGAGAGCCCCUCUGUCCCCUGGGACUGCAGUCCCGGCUCGCCCGGGCACUCCCGGCUCGAAGGCGCGGCAGCUCCACCUGCCCUGAACGUCUUCCUCGGCCCCUGCCCUGGGAGCAGCCCCGGGAGCACCGGAGGGGCUCAGCUGGGAGGUGCCACCUCAGCUCUGGGGACACCGGGCACUGUCCCUCCCUGCCCACCCCUCCCGGGCUCUGGGCAGCCUGGCCAGCUCCAGCACUGCCCCAUGGUCCCUCCCGUCUGCAGGGAACCCUCUGGCCCCAAACCCAGCCAUCCUCGGGGAGAAGGGCACAAGGAAACUCCUGGCCCCACCUGUCCCCAGCUGGGGACGCCCCCUUGGCACCACCGUGGCUGGGCAGGCACCGGGGCCCCAGCCCCCCCGGGGCUCACCGGGGUCUCUGGGCUCCAGCCCUGCUGUGCCCCAAAAGCUGCUGCCCCGGGGGGUUUGGGGUGUCUGUGGGUUCCCAGGGCCUCUGCUGCCCCUUCCCAGCACAGCCCUGCCCCGGCUGGGGUCCGUGGCCACUGGGUCACUGCCCCCCGGGCCUGGCAGCGCCCACCAGUCCCCUCUGGGGUCCCCAUCUGGCCCCCCCAGCCCGUCUCCCAGCCCCCAGGCCAGAGCCCUCCCGGGCCCAAGUGCUACUUAUCUUUAAGAGCUUUUGCAAUAAGUCUUUUUAGUAAUUUUUUUUUUCUAAACUGCAGUUUUGUUUUUUAUUGUUGUCAUUUUUAUUCUUAUUAUUUGCUUCCUGACCAAAAUUAGGAACUGGGGGUCAGUCCUUUGUAUCCAGCGAUCACCCAAAGACGACGGGUCGGCCACAUCCAUAAAUUUUCUUAUGGAUUUCUCCUAAUGUUUCAUCCCAUUUCAUUUAUUUAUUUUCUUUCUUUCUCUUUCCCAUUCAAGCUUUUAAAGAUGGGGCUGGGAUUUGACCUUGAGGCUCACCUGUUGAAGAAAACGCUUUUUUGUUAUGUCAUCGGCAUUUUAUAUUUCUUAUAUAUAAUAUAUAUGACUAUAUAUAUAUGUGUACAUAUAUAUAUAUAUAUAUCUAUAUGCAUCAUGCCAGUGUAGAUACCCAUCCCGUAGCAUUUAGGCCUUGUUCUUGUGCCAUUUUUUUUUCUGUUACUGAUCUCUGAAUGCCUUCAAGUGUAUAAAGUGUGGAAUUCUCUCCGGUAUCUGUACUAUGUACACACAUUUUCAUAGGAAGCACAAUAAGAUGACAGAUGCAUUGUACAUCAAUACCUGCUACUCUUAACAACGAUGAUAUAAAGAAUGAUAUAAAUGAUAUAA